CCACCUGACACACUCGAAGAACACAUUGUGAUAUUCCAUUAAUUGUCUUGAGUGUAGAAAAGCAGAGGUUUUCCCAUCGAAAUGAGAGAUAAGUGGAAGAAGAAGAGGAUGCGAAGGCUUAAAAGAAAGAGGAGAAAGAUGCGUGCUCGUUCUAAGUAGUGACAAAGUCAACGUCUUUGCUAAUUAUUAGUGAUAGAUACUACUAACAAAACAAUUUUUUGUUUUAAUAAAAAAUGUGGAUUAAAAUUGCUUUUAUGGGAGUGGUUUGGUGAAAUUUGCCACGAACGAUUUUAAUAGCGUUGAGUUGCCUUUCAUUGACGAUGUCGUCCAGCCCUGGCAAGGAAAAGAUCUUCUCAGAAUUGUACGACCUGAAAGAAGAUUUGGGAAAAGGUGCAUUUAGUAUUGUUAAAAAGUGCAUUGGAAGAGAGGAUAAAAUUGAGUAUGCAGCGAAAAUAAUCAACAAGAAAAGAUUAACAGGUCGAGAUAUUUCAAAGUUACAGAAAGAAGAAAAAAUCUGUCGUCAAUUGCAGCACCCCAAUAUAGUUUUGCUACAUGAUGUUAUUUCUGAAUCUUUCACUCAUUAUCUUGUCUUUGAACUAAUUACUGGAGGGGAAUUGUUUGAUGAAAUAGUGGCCAGAGAAUAUUAUAGUGAGAGUGAUGCCAGUCAUUGUGUACAGCAAAUUUUAGAUGGAAUUGCCUAUUGUCACAGAAUGGGUAUUAUGCACCGGGAUCUGAAACCUGAAAACCUACUAUUGGCAAGUAGAGCCAAGAAUGCUGCCGUAAAGUUAGCAGAUUUUGGUUUAGCUGUGCAACUGGAAACUCCUGAUCAAGUUGAAUGGCAUGGAUUUGCUGGUACCCCAGGAUAUCUUUCACCAGAGGUUAUAAAGAGAGAGGCUUAUGGAAAAGCUGUUGAUGUUUGGGCUUGUGGUGUUAUCUUAUAUAUAUUAUUAGUUGGGUACCCUCCUUUUUGGGAUGAGGACCAAAAGAGGCUGUAUGCACAAAUUAAGAUGGGUCGUUACUCAUUUCCUUCUCCAGAAUGGGAUUCUGUUACAAAGGAAGUUAAAGAAUUGAUUUCACUCAUGUUGAAUGCAAAUCCAAAGAAAAGAAUUAAAGCUGAAGAAGCGCUUAGAAAUCCUUGGAUAUGUAAACGAACUGAAGUUGCUUCUAAUAUUCAUCGUCAGGCAACUAUUGCUGGUCUGAAGAGGUUUAACGCACGAAGGAAACUUAAAGGAGCAUUUUUGACUUCUUUAAUUGCAGUUCGCACGCAUAAUGCUGCUACUUUUGCUUUGAAAAAAAAGGAACCAGAAGUCAAGCCCCAGUCUGAUGUUGUAUCUUCGACUGUACCAGAAAUUCCAGUUGCUGAAGAUGAGACAACAGACGAAGUUAUGAAAGCGCAGCAAGCUUUGCUAAUGGCUAUCCGUUGUCGUGACUAUGAAGCUUAUCAAAAGUUGUGUGAUAGUCAAGUUCUUAGUUUCCUGUCAACUGGUGGUUGUCGUCUUUUGACUGGAGUUGAGCAUCACAAUUUUUUCUUUGCUAAUGUUCCUCCUUACCCAGCAGAGAACAUCACAAUGAUUGAACCACAUGUUCAAUUCUUGGGUGACAAUGCUGCCUAUAUUUGCUAUGUCCGCCUUAGUCAACAUGUAGACAAAACUGGCCGUGCUGGAUCAAGCGAAUGUAAAGAAACAUGCAUUUGGGAGAAGAAAGAAGGUCAAUGGAAAUGUGUACACAUACAUACUUCUUCAUGAACUAUAGAGCAGUUGUUUUAGCAAAUCCUAGCUACAGUUACAUUUAUCAGCAGUACAAUGUACAAAGAAGUAGUUAGGCUUUAUUUUUUUUAAUCAUAGUUUUAUUUUAGUUUCAAAAAUUAAUAUUAGCCCUAUAUGAAGUUAUGUACAUUGGUCUGUUAAGAUCUUGUA